AUGGGGCCCCCUGGGGCCCCCAAGCCCUCAUGGGCUGCCUUGGCAAUUGCCUCGUCUACCUCUACAGCAGCAGCAGCAGCAGCAGCUGCUGCUGCUGCUGCUGCUGCCGAUCCUCCCAUUGCUGCUGCUGCUGCACGGGGAACAGCAACAGCUGAUGGUCGCACUGCAGCAGCAGCAGCAGCAGCAGCUUCCGAGUCUUCUGGCAUUCGCAGGCCCCUGCCUCUUUCAAGGCACCAAAACCCCCUCGAAAACAGCAGCAGCAGCAGCAGCAGCAGCAGCACAGACCGCACCAGCCCCAAUCCCGGCAACAGCAGCAGCAGCAGCAGCAGCAGCAGCAGCAGCAGCAGGAGCGGGGACUUGCUGGCGACGAGCAGCAGGCGGAAGGAGGGUUUGCUGCGGGUUUGUGCUGCGCUGCAGCAGCAAGGCCUUUGCUCCCGCGGAGAAGCAAAAAAGUAUUUUUUUUUGGGACUGGUUUUGCUGCAGGGGCGGCGGCUGGGAAAAGCUGAGGUGUACGUACACCCCAGCGCCCCGCUGCAGCUCGCGCCCCGCGCGCUGCAGCAGCAGCAGCAGCAGCAAACGCUGCUGCUGCACAAACCCAUGCACUUCUUGGCUUUUGCUGCUGCUGCGCAGGUGGAUUCUUUUGUGUCUGAGGAGGCCCUGCAGCUGCUGUCUUUCGGGCUGACGCUGGAGGGGCAGCAGCUAAAAGCAGCAGCAGUUCGCCGCGUUGCAGCAGAAGAGGCGCUGCUGCUGCUGGGCGCCGGCGAAGCAGCAGCAGCAGCAGCAGCAGCAGCAGGGGGAGCAGCAGCAGCAGGGGGAGCAGCAGCAGCAGCAGCAGGGGGUGCAGCAGCAGCGGGACAUGGCGCAGCAGCGGGAACGCCGCCACCAGCAGCAGCAGCAGCAGCAGCAGCAGCAGCAGCAGCAGCAGCAGGAAGCAGUUUGCACUACUUUUCGAUAGAAUUAAAAGAAGGAAAAAACAGACAAAUUCGAAAAAUGUGUAAACUCGUGGGACUGCAAGUGCUGCGCAUACACCGCAUUCGAAUUGGAAAAGUCUUUUUGGGAAAUUUGCCCGAAGGCAAAUGGCGGUGGCUUUUGCCCGGAGAGGCUUUUCGUUGA